AACCUGUGGACAUCUUUUUCAUUUUCUAAUAAUCACGAUCUCGAGGAUGCAGCUGACAUCUUUACUUCGAACAAAUUAAUAAAAACAGUUGUGGCCGUUUCUUGUUACAUUUUGGCUUAUGCUGCCAAUUACUUGGAGUGUACGAAACAACUACAGAUGGUACCUCAAUUAUGCACAAGCUAAGAAAGCUGGAGUACCCCUCAUCAUCCUCUUCAUCAACCCACAGAAUCCCAUAUGGAUGCUACUAGCAGAUACCAUCGUCCCCGUGCUCAAAGAUUCAGCAUUACCAAAUCUUGGCCGCUCAUCAGGCACGGUCGGAGAUCAUGGGAAUUCCAAGACAAGGGUCAAAUUCAUCUAGAGCUCGGGGAUAUCUUCAUCAUGGUUACUCCACAUAGAAAUACACUUUAUGUUUGUGAUGCGGAAACCUUGGUGGAGAUUGUACAGAGACGGAAUGAAUUCACUAGACCACGAGAAGUUCUUGGUUAGUUUCGCUAAACACCGUCGCUAGAUAAUCACUGACUUGAACUAGAGAUGCUAAAUGUCUUCAGUCCAAAUAUAUCUACUGUAAGUAUAUACAUGCCAAAAGAAAAAGAAACUGCCAGAUAAUUAUUAUAGGUGUCAGACGAGGAUUGGCCUCAACAUAAGAAGGCGACAGGACCACCCUUCAGCAACGAGCAGAACAACAAGCUAGUAUGGCAAGAAGCUCUUCGACAGACCCAAGAAAUGCUACAUUAUUGGACUGAUCAAGGAGAUUCUGCCAUUCGAACUACAGCUCAAUAUGCCAAAACCUUUUCUCUAAAUAUACUCACAAGUGCUGGGUUUGGUAAAUCAUAUUCCUUCAAACCUUCGUCACAUGCGGAUAACGGUACAAAUCAUUCC